CAAUCACGUACGAGGAAGCUCACAACACCGCCGUCUGCUGCUGCUGGUGUCUGACUGUCUCUGCACUGUGUGUGCUGCAGCUCGAGCAGGACACCGGCGGCUCACCUGACCGACUGAUAACCUGAAACACACACGUAGAUUUUCUCCUCUGAAAAGUAUCGACCCACUAACUCCAAACGGUGUCGGAGCUCAGUACGUGUCCCGACGAGCUCCUCUCAUCCCUCCGCCCCAUGGCCAUCACCACCCGCAGCCUCCUCCCCCUGGGAGAUAACCUUCAAAGCUUCUGCUCGGCACAAUGGAUGACCAGCUGAGUGAUGGAGAUGGACAUGCAGAAUCAAAGACAUGCUCCCUUCAUUGUGACUAGAUGAAGGGACGUCUACCUUCUUCCAGCAGUGAGGGGACGUACACUGCAGAGUUUUGAUGUUCUUCAGAGCGAAAGAAAACAAAUUAGCUCUUUGGAAACCAUUUUGAAAAUCGGAUAUAUUCAGUUUGCGGACCAUACUCUCUCAGCAUAGAGCUCAUAUGCUGACUGUUUAUCCCUGUGAUGCUUGUUAUGAGUUGUCCAUCCUCAACCAAUGAGCCAGAGAGCUGCAGCAGCGAGGGAAGCAGCUGCACCACUUCCUCCAACAUCACCUCCGACCCAUCCUCUAUGUCUGGACACACUCACGACACCCUACCUUCCCUCAGCGAUGCCCCCGACACCUCUAAGCACCGAGCUCCCCCACCUCCUCCCCUGCCGCCCCCACCUCCAGGAGCACCCCCGCCGCCUCCGCCCCCAUUUAGCAACCACAACGCGAGGAAGAAGCGCCGCGUGCGCAGCUUCUUCUGGAAGCCGAUACCGGAGGAGAAGGUACGGGGAAAGCCCAACAUCUGGACGCUGGCGGUGCGGCAGCAGCAGUACCAGAUCGACGUUCGCUCGGUGGAGGAGUUGUUCGGGCAGCAGGAGGAUGCUGGGACAGGGUUACGUGGGUCGACGCCAGCUAGUGGAAACUCAUCUCGUGUUUCCAGAUCCUGCUCGUUCAAGGAGAGCAGCAAGGAUGAGAUCAGCAUUCUUGACUCCAAGAGGGGGAUGAAUGUGGGUAUUUUCCUGAAGCAGUUCAAGAAGUCCAACCGCUCUAUUGUUGAAGACAUACGACAUGGGGAAGGAAAGAUUUACGGAGCGGAGCUGCUCAAGGACCUGCUGAAACUCCUGCCUGACGCAGAGGAGAUCAAGAAACUUCGGGCGUUUAAAGGAGACCCAGACAAGCUGACACUGGUAGAUUCCUUUAUGUACCUCCUGAUCCAGGUGCCCCAGUUUGAGAUUCGGAUCGAGGCCAUAGUCCUCCGCGAAGAGUUCUUCCCUUCCUCUGCUGUAAUGAGCCACGAGAUCGAUGUCGUUCGAGUCGCCACUAAAGAGCUGAUGAGCUGCGAGGAGCUUCAUGCCAUUCUGCAUUUGGUGCUGCAGGCCGGAAAUAUCAUGAACGCUGGUGGCUACGCAGGCAACGCUGUGGGCUUCAAGCUCUCAUCCCUCCUCUCAUUGGCUGACACUAAGGCCAACAAACCUGGGAUGAACCUGCUGCACUUUGUCGCUAUGGAGGCAAAGAAAAAAGACGAGAAGCUGCUCAAGUUUCCAGAGAAACUUCAUGAUGUGCAGAGGGCAUCCAGAAUCUCAGUGGAAAACAUCGAGCUGGAGUUUUCCUCCUUAUACGUUCGCAUUAAAACCCUGGAGGAGAAGGUUCAAGGAGACCAGGAGCUCCUGCGGCAGCUGGAGCCCUUUCUGCAGAGUUCAGCAGAGACGCUUCAGGACCUGAAGAGACGCAGGCUGGAACUGCGCAAAGAAGGAAACACCCUCAUCGAUUUCUUCUGUGAAGACAAGGACACUUUUAAGCUGGACGAGUGCUUCCGAAUCUUUCAGGACUUCUGCAUCAAGUUCAAGAAAGCUGUCAAGGACAACGCGGACCGCGAGUUAAAGGAAGCAGCCAGGCAGCGUCGUCUCAGAGAGUUGGAGGAAAAGCGUUUUGCUUGGUCCAGUGCAGAUCAGAGUGCCGUAUUUGGUCGGAGCAGCAGCGAGAACGACGUGGAGAUGCUCACCAAGGAAGGCCUGCUUGACUUCUUCCAGCAGAGGGCUCAGAGUCCACACAGCCCGCUGGGACGCUCUUCCAGCGCCCGCCGCCACCGUCACACCAUGACCUCCAUAGCGGACCGAGAACUCCAAGGAUAUCUUGAGCUAUUUGGAGGCACCGGGAAUCCCACUGACUAUUCCAAGUUUAACAGCCUACCUCGGUCAGGCCGCACCAUCCAGCGGAAGACGACACCCUGGAUCUCAGCCCAGGACGACAACCGCGAGCUGGACUGCGACAGAAAGGUGACGUCUCCACGUGCAGAAACUGAGCCAAUCAGCCCGCUGGCCAGGUUUUCCUCUUCCGCGCUAAAUGAUAAUGAUCCAUACAACAACAACAAUAUUUACUCAUCUGUGUCAGAGAGCAGCACUCUGCCUCGCUCCUUUUGUGUCUUUCAGAAGCCCGCCCAUCUUCCCAACCCAACAAUUAGCGGCCACAUGAAUGUUAGUGUGGAGAAGCACACUUUAGUUCGAGGUCCUCAAGCUUUUGACCUGCCGAGUCCAAACAAUAACAGUAAUCAUAUGCACUUUGUCAACCAGGGGGAUGUUGUGGUGACUGAUUUGGACAGAGAGAGACGGUCACCUCCCAUAAGUCUGGACAACCUCCUACAUGGUAAAGAUUUAGAAAGAGGAGGAACUCCUAAGGCAGCCUGGGAAGGGAAAUUAGAUCCUCCCACACAGGGUGGAGUCUCUCCUGAGAGAGAGAAAGAAGAAGAGGACAACAGUACAAUUUCAUCAACAACCUGUGACACACCCCUACCACUAGACACCUCUGUAUCCAAUAAGAAACCAGUGUUUUAUAUACUAGAUUGCACAGAAACAGACUGCUCUGUCACCCUGGAUUACUCUGAGGUGGAAAGCUCGUCUCUAACCAAAGAGGGACAUUUCAGAAUGACUGACUCCAGCAAAGAUCAGGAGAGCCAGCAAGAUCCAAGCUCUCUGUCCUCUAAUUUGGAAUCCAUGUCUCCCAACGACCAGUCUGUUUCAACCAAUGAGCUUUCAGCGCCGAAAUCUGUGGACGCGACAUCCAUGACUCCGUCUGUCACGGAGGAGUGGGACACAGAGAGCUGUGACACCGCUGAGGGAAAACAAGUUGUGGAAACAGAUGCACAGAGAACCAGCAGAAAACCAGUGCACGCAAAGGGCAAAGCUAACAAAGCGCCCAAGUCCACCACAGGUCGUGGUGUGCGAACGCUGACCAGCAACGAGAGCCAAGGCAUGCGCAAAGUUGUGCCCAUUAGUAAGCUUACAAGGACAGGUAUCAGCAAGAAAACAGAGGCACAUGACAGCGGAGAGUCACGCCGGCCUCUCCGUGACCAGAGCACCCCAGCGAGAGGAAGGAGCGAGAAGACCACAAGACCUCUUCGACACUCCAGUCUGCCUCCUGAUGAGUCAAAAGCUCAGAAGGGAAGCGUCCUGGGCGGCAUUUCCAGAUGGGCACGUGAUUCAAUGCCGAGAAAGGCUUCCAUCCACAAGCCAAGCGCCAAACCCCUGAGGAACAUCCCCAAAGCUGCACCCGAGGAGAAGAUGUGCCGCUCUACCAUGAGAGCCCUGGCACAGGCACAGGCCCAAGCUCAGGACCAGGCUCAAGUUCAGGCCCAAGCUCAGACCGCAACUUCCUCUGAGAACAGCAGCACUCACACACUCACUGGAAAAAGCCCCUCUAGUGUCCCCGGCUUUGCUCGCAACACUGUAGCUUCAACUUCCAGGACUUCCAAGAAGGAGCUGGCCGCCCCAUCUGUCCCCUCCACCCCUUCUCGUAGCCCUUCGCUUCUAGCUCGACAAACCCCGGCAAAGCAGAACAGGUUGUCACCCACAGUUCAAACUAGUGAGGAGCGGCCACAAGGAACAAACCUGCGCCGGGUGCAAAGUGUGAAAGCAGCCAGUCGCAGCGCCUACCGCAGCGAGACUCCCCCGCCACCUUCAACACGUGAAAAUAUCCGUAAGACUAGUAGCUUUUCUGAAAGGUCUGUCCCGUCUAGAGACUCGGCGAUGCCCAGCAGAGGCGCUAAACCAGGCUGGAAAUGAAACAAACCUAGUGUAGAAACAGAGACCUCCUCCCUGAGUUUGAUGUAAAUUGAUAUUUGCUCUUCUUACCUAUCUACAGCGCAGACUUUUCCUCUCAUAUCAUGCAAAAGACAGGAAAAAAAAAACUUCAAGCUAUCUCACCUUGUAAGGUUCCUCCAGUAGCUGACUCUGUAUCAGGUUUAUGAUUUGCAAAGAGCAAGAUGCAAUGAACUGCUCCACGUGUUCUUGUUUUGUUUAUACAAAAAGCUUUUUUUCUUUUAACUAAACUGACAAAUGGCAAAUUUGUGUUAUUUUUACACAGGAGCCCCUUUGCCUGCUUAGCUGUCUUAUGUAUUGUAAAUGCUAGUGUCUGUGAUGAUGUUGACGUUGAACACGACUGACUAUAUGAUGCUGCUAAUUAGCUCUGACAAUUUGAGACCGAGUUUCAGUGUCUUUUUCAUUCAGGGUUACAGGUUUUGUUGUACCUUAACUUGCUGCUGUUACGGUGUCUUUUAGUUUUGUUGCAUCUCUGCUCUGUUUGCUUUUUUUUUGGUUCUUUUGCUUGGUACCUCAGAGAGAUCGCAGUGGCCUUGAACCAGCAGAAAAAAUCGAAUAUGUUCAUUUGGCUCUGCAUGAAGAAGAUGUAGACGAAAUCCGAAAUUUCAGUUUUCAUUUCAAUUGGUUUCAAACCGCAAUGUCACUUUUUACAAAUUCCUGAUAUAUUAAUAUUACUACAAUAUAUAAAGUCACAGAUUAUACGCCAGUGUAUACCAACCGUGGUACUUGUUGUACCUUGUGUAUGUGUCAGUAGUUUGUAGAUGUGUUAGAACUCCUCCAUAACGUCGUGGAGUAGACGUGCACGUAGGAAACGUUUCCUGUAUACUGUAGGCUAAUGCACGAUCAAUGCUCAUGCUUUGAGAGAAAAGCAUUGAACGCAUCUGAAACAACACGGAAAUAAUCAUCAGCCAUGUGAUUAUUUUGACAGUCUGGUCUAAUUUUUCUACUGUGAAUGUAGCCAUCUCAUAUUUUCUCUAGGCCUGCACCUUUCUAGACAAGGUUAAAUUGCAACAAUUGCUCUAACUGGUCAUAAUUCAGUGCCAGAUUGUGCUUCUCAUAUAUUGUCUUAAUAACACUCAGUGCUGUUUUAAAGGUAUUUCCAGAAUCCUCAAAGACUUUCUAAACACGUGGAGAAAAAAGAUUCACUCUGCUGUAUGAUGAAAAAGAUUUUCAGCCAUAUUUCCUAUGCAGAUAGCUUGAAAUUACAUAUGUCGUUGCUCUUUUUGUAUGGCACAAGAACAAACACUCAAUUUUGUAUGGGAAUAUAAAAUAAAACACCGAUAUGGACAAAAAUAAAACAAUAAUAUACUGUUUAUAAUAUAAUAAACAAAGUAUUUACAGUAGGCUGACGCUAUUCAGCCACUGACAGUUUAUGCAGGAGGCAGGUUUAUUCCUAACAAGAAGAUUAUUUACUGUUGACUGUUGUUGAAUCCUCAAGAUCCAGAGCUAAUUUGGUGGAAAGUGGUAAUCCUGAUCCACACGUCUCUUCCUAAUUAUUCUCGUUUGGGCCCAUAAUUGCUGUAUUUCUUAUCACUCUGCCACCCAAACUAUUGAAAACUAAUCAUAAAUUACAUUACAGCAUAAUCGUAGUUUAUUUUUAAUCAACCCAGAUGGUUUAAAGAGUCUUUGAGGAUCCUUGAAAUACCUUCAAAACACCUGGAACUGUUUUUAAACGACCUUCUUUCAAAAAUCACUGAUUUAUCACCAUAUAUAAAAAGUGAUGCGUAUCUACAUGACUUGAAUGAAACAGGGAUACAUGAGAGGCACAGACUGCGGUUAAAUUGAGUCCUGUUGAGUCCCGACCAUUUCACACCACUUGCCUUCCAAACUGCAUUGUGCCAUUGCCUUGAUGGCAACAACACUCACAACAGUGCAUUGCCUUAAAGCUUAAUGUAGCCGAUCCAUCACCAGUAGAAACUCCUUGAUUGUAAAAGGAAAGUAGACGUUUUCCUACAUUCCAUCACACUGAACUGAAACAGUGACUCCGCUGGUUAGUGACUCACUUUGUACAUAAUGUAAAGACAUAGUAUUUUUCUGACUAUCAAUAUGUUUACAUAGCAUUAAAAAAAAUGAAGGGUAAGAGAGUGAAGUAUGUGAGCACACAGACAUUUUGAAAUGCUCCAUAUGGUCUGACGUUGAGAGCUCUGACGGUGUGUUGACAUGCUGUGGGUGUCUUCCUGUUCCUUGUAAUGCAAAUGAAGGUGAUGAACAGAUGACACAAAAGACCCAGUGUGACAUGCAACCGUGUGUGUGGCCUGCACCAAGCCUAAAUUUAGAUUUUCACAAGAGUAUCAAGCAAAGUAAUGGAGGGGUUGCAACUAAACAUGAAUAUUUUCUUAGUUAAAUCAUUUUAAAGUCAAAAUUUAGUUUUUAAAAAAGUUCAUCACAGAGCCAAAAAUGUUUGUUUUAUCCAACUAUCUGUCCAGACCCAAAGAUUUCCACUUAACAAUCAAAAAUGUGUUUUUAACACAAUUGCUUACGUGAGUACUUUUGUCAAAAUCAGAUUGAUAACCCAGUAUGUCAUCUAAUUCACCUAGAAAGUAAAGACGUUAGGACUGGCAGGGCUAUGGCUCAUGAAAUCUCACUCCCACACAGCCUAAAAUAAAGAUGUGUUUAACUUUUGAAACAAUCCUUUUAACGUGAUUGGAAGUUCUGGAUAAAGCUGGACCUUGAGUUUUUACUUUAAGGGUUUUUACCCUUCUGUAAACUUAAAACUACAGACAUUAUUAAAAAUCGUGUCCUCUUUUAGUAUAAACCUGAUAACAGACAGUCAAAAAAUGUUGAAUUGUUGAAUCAGCUGCUGUUUAUUUACAUUUGCAUUAUUAAAAAAGGACACACCAUCUUAUUUUGAAACUGCAGCAGCUGUAGAGAUGCUGCCCUCCCAGCCUGAACACAAUUUAUACAAAGUCUCAGUCUCCUGCUCUCCUGUCUGUCCUCCUUUGUGUAUCCCACAAUGCCCCCUGCUGCCAUCUUUUUAACAACCCCCUAAGCAUCACAAUGGCUGGCCUUUACAUUUCAUCUGACCAGCCUACAGCUGAAGAGCUGCUGUGGAAUUUGAAUACUUCACUCGCCCGUUUCACCACAACUUCCUUGUUGCUGGGUGGUUACCGUAGUAACAGUCUAAACAUCAAUUACUAUUACUUACU